UCUAGUGUCGCCCAGGAAGAGGAGGCGGCUGGCAUUCAGGCAUGGGCAGUGGAGAGCUGGGUUAGGCACGGAGAAGGGAAUUGGGAGGCUCAGGUACUGAUCCCCCCCCGACGGAGAGCUAGGGGUUGCCCCGAGGAGAGAACGCAGGCUUGGGGGCUGGGGGCUAAGAAAGCUCCUCACCGGUGUCGGGACCCCUCCCUCCUCUCCUGCAGCCUCCCGCUUGCUAGAGCAGGAGAAGCUGUAGCAGCUGCCGCGGCUGCAAUGGGGAGCCCAGGCACCCCGCCCCCGGGGAGGGGCAAGGGGAGGGGCCGGGAGAAGGCAGCAGGCUGGCUGGGCUGAGGAGGGCAGAGUGGAAGGGGAGCCUCCCUACCACCGCUGCUCCAUCGCCGGCUUGUGGGGAGGGCCCAGCCCCCUAGCCUCAGUCUCCUCCCCUGCGCAGAGCCCAGCCCCAGCCCCACAGCUUUACUCUCUACUCCCACACCAGCACCGGCCGCCACCUGGCCCCUGGCAGUCCCUUGCCCCGGGGAAGAUCCCUGUUCUGCCCUUUGGAGCCGGCCCCAGCCCCAGAGCUUAAGCCCCAAUCCCGGUCCCUUGGCUACGGGGGCCCAGCCCAGCCCCCUCCCCUGCCAGCGCUCAGGCCCCCUAUCUGCAGCCCCUUCUCCAGCUCAGCCUGGCUCUCUGAUCCCCCGAGGCUGCCUCGGCCUCGCUUCUGGCCCUCAGAGCCCCUUCUCCUCUCCGACCCUCACCUGGCACGCAGCCUCCUUCCCCCCUCGGCCCCCUCCUCUCUCUCCUCAGCCCAGUCUGACUUUGGGCCUGUGCCACCUCAGCCUCGAUCUCCUGCAGCUACAUCCUGGUGUUUCCGAGGCAGAUGCCCGCCUGAGUUGGUCAGGCAGUCCUGGCAGCCCGUGCCCAGCCCUGCCUGUACGGGGCUGAGUGCUUGGAGCAUGGCAGCUGGGGUAGCGACCUGGCUGCCUUUUGCCAGGGCAGCUGCUGUGGGCUGGCUCCCCCUAGCUCAGCAGCCACUGCCUGCUGCCCCCCAGGGAUGUGAGGCCCGCAGCGACGAAGUGCUGGUGGUGAAUGUCAGUGGGCGACGCUUCCAGACGUGGAAGAAUACGUUGGACCGAUACCCAGAUACACUGUUGGGCAGCUCAGAAAAGGAAUUUUUUUUUGACCCAGACUCGGGUGAAUACUUCUUUGACCGGGACCCGGACCUCUUCAGGCACGUCCUCAACUUCUACAGAACUGGACGCCUCCACUGUCCCAGACAGGAGUGCAUCCAGGCUUUCGAUGAAGAGUUAGCAUUCUAUGGCAUAGUGCCGGAGCUCAUUGGCGACUGUUGCCUGGAAGAGUAUCGAGACCGCAAGAAGGAGAAUGCUGAACGCCUGGCCGAGGACGAGGAGGCCGAGCUGGGGGGUCCUGGAGGGGCUGGGGCCGACUGGGCCUUGCCACCUGGCAGCCCCUUUCGCCAGCGCCUGUGGCGAGCCUUUGAGAACCCACAUACGAGCACCAUGGCACUAGUGUUCUACUACGUGACAGGCUUCUUCAUCGCGGUCUCUGUCAUCGCCAAUGUGGUAGAGACCAUCCCCUGUGCAGCUGGUGGCCGGGCUGGCUGGCAGGAGGAGCCCUGUGGGGACCGCUUCCCACUGGCCUUCUUCUGCAUGGACACAGCCUGUGUGCUCAUCUUCACCGGGGAGUACCUCUUGCGGCUGUUUGCGGCCCCCAGUCGGGGCCGCUUCCUCCGCAGUGUCAUGAGCCUCAUCGACGCUGUAGCCAUCCUGCCCUAUUACAUCGGGCUCUUUGUGCCCAAGAAUGACGAUCUGUCUGGGGCCUUUGUGACCUUGCGAGUCUUCCGAGUCUUCCGAAUCUUCAAGUUCUCAAGGCAUUCCCAGGGCCUUCGGAUUCUGGGCUACACACUCAAGAGCUGCGCCUCUGAACUGGGCUUUCUCCUCUUCUCCCUCACCAUGGCCAUCAUCAUCUUCGCCACCGUCAUGUUCUAUGCCGAGAAGGGCACCAGCAAGACCAACUUUACCAGCAUCCCAGCCGCCUUCUGGUACACCAUCGUUACUAUGACCACUCUUGGGUACGGGGACAUGGUGCCCAGCACAAUCGCCGGCAAGAUCUUUGGCUCCAUCUGCUCACUCAGCGGGGUGCUGGUCAUUGCCCUGCCGGUGCCUGUUAUUGUCUCCAACUUCAGCCGAAUCUACCAUCAGAACCAGCGUGCUGAUAAGCGCCGGGCCCAGCAGAAAGUGCGGCUGGCAAGGAUCCGAAUGGCCAAGAGCGGGACCACGACGGCCUUCCUUCAGUAUAAGCGCAACAGGGGCCUGGAGGACCAAGACGGUGCCGAAAGGCCAGCGCUGAGCACACGAAGCCGCUCAGCUUUUGAACAGCAACACCAUCAUCUUUUGCACUGUCUGGAAAAGACCACGUCACAUGAGUUCACAGACGAGUCCACCUUCAGUGAGGCACUGGGAGUCAUUUCCCUGGGUGGCCGAACCAGCCGAAGCACCUCUGUGUCUUCCCAGGCUGUCAUAGGCACCAGUGCUCGGGCUAGUGGUCUGAUCUCUUCUUGCUGCCCCAGACAGAGCAAGCAGCGCCGGGCCAUUCGCCUGGCCAAUUCCACGGCCUCUGUUAGCCGAGGCAGCAUGCAGGAGCUGGACACUCUUGCUGGGCACCGUAGCCCAGGACCCCAGAGCCGAGCCAGCCUCAAUGCCAAGACUCAUGAUAGCCUGACCCUGAACUGUGACAGUCAGGACCUGGUGGCAGCCAUCAUCAGCAUCCCCACCCCUCCAGCCAACACCCCAGAUGAGAGCCGGCCACAUUCGCCUGCCAGUGACAGUGGGGAGGGGCCUGGAAGACCCUCUGGGGGCAGCAGCAGCAGCAACAGGGGGGCCCUCCGGAACUCCAGCCUGGGCCCUUCUUACCUUCUGCACAACACUGUCAAAAUCUCCUCCCUGUGACCAGGGGCCUUCACUCUUCCUUUGGGGCAUCACUCUCCCACCUUGGAUGUUUCCCUGUUUUGUUUUCAAAGCCAUAUUUGGAGGGGGCAGAGUGAGGCAGAUGAGGGGCACGCCCUUCUCUUCCUGCCCCAAGCUAUGCAAUGAGAUAUUCUAGUGGUGGGGGGAGGGGGAGGGCCCCCAUCUCAGCCCCUCUUCAACCUCCUCCACCUCCUCCACUGCCCCAAACAGGACAGUUUGGUGGUGCAGUGGAAUGGGGGGUGGGGGCGGUAGGUCAGUGCUCUAAUUCAAGAACCCAGUUGGGGGGAGGGAGAACCCUAGCUCCACUCAUGUCCCCUCUUCUCUGUCCCCCAGAGACAUGGACAUCAUCAGUUGGGAUGGCAGAGGGUGAGCCUGGGGGUCUCCCCACAGCUUACCUGUUCCUAGGACCUGUGACUGACUGGGCCAGCAGGAAGGAACCCAAUUGUCAGGGAAGACUGAAGUGGUGGCCGGUGGCCCUGGGUACCUUGGGAGUAGAUGCUCACCAGCUGGGCUAGCAGAGGCUGACGGGAGAUGUCAGCGACAGCAGAGAUAGCCGGCAGAGGGCCCCUCCACUUGUCUCCCCAGAGCUUCACCAGACUGCUGUGUCCUCUCUCCACGGAUUGCCCUUCUUUAUGUGGAGACAGGUGAUUAGGUGGAAUAGCGGAGGGGCAUGGAGAUCAGCAAGGGAAGAAUAGCAGAAAGUGAGCCACGGGGUCUUCGCCCUUUGGAGCAUAAGCCCAACAUCCCGCCUUCUGGUGCCCCCCCUCCCCCCAUGACAUAGGCCACAAUAGCUCCCAGCCUAGCUGUUUGAUGCGAAGAGCCUCUGGUAUCCCGCCGUUCUGCCCUUGGGAUCCAGCUGAAUUUCUGGGGAGAGAACUAAGGGCCAGGAGGAGAGGUGCUCUUAGAACCUGCCUCGGUUUCCCUUCUGUGUCCUAGAUCCCCUCCAUCAGCUGCCUACUUGCUUGCCUCUUUCCCGGCACGUCUCAGGUUUCCCCACCUGCCCCACGCUCGAAGCCAGUGGCCUACUGGAUGCAGUUUAAACCAAUAAAAACCCACACACAAACAAAAA